CGUCCAGCAGGGGGCGCGUGGCGCCGCGAGUCCCGCAUUGUUUGGAUCAGCUGCGCGUGGAUGUGAAACCCCACCCAAUGAGGAAGAACGAUCCGCGAGCAGCUGCAGCAGAACCGGACCGAGCUCGAGCCCGCACCAUGAUCGCGCUAUUCAACAAGCUGCUGGACUGGUUCAAGGCGCUCUUCUGGAAGGAGGAGAUGGAGCUGACGCUGGUCGGCCUGCAGUACUCGGGAAAAACCACCUUCGUCAACGUGAUCGCGUCGGGUCAGUUCAGCGAGGACAUGAUCCCUACGGUCGGCUUCAACAUGCGCAAGAUCACCAAGGGAAACGUCACCAUCAAGUUGUGGGACAUCGGCGGUCAGCCGCGCUUCAGGAGCAUGUGGGAGCGAUACUGUCGCGGCGUCAGCGCUAUCGUCUACAUGGUUGAUGCGGCGGAUCCGGAGAAGAUCGAGGCGUCGAAGAACGAACUGCACAACUUGUUAGACAAACCGCAGCUGCAGGGAAUCCCAGUUCUGGUUUUGGGCAAUAAGCGAGAUCUUUCCGGAGCGCUGGAUGAGAAGGAGCUCAUCGAGAGAAUGAACCUGUCGGCCAUCCAGGACCGAGAGAUCUGCUGUUACUCCAUCUCCUGUAAGGAGCAGGACAACAUCGACAUCACACUACAGUGGCUGAUCCAGCACUCGCGAACCCGGCGGAGCUGAGGGGGCGGAGCCAGCAUCUGAUUGGAGGAACCGCAUCAUGUGAUCAACUGCAUUUUAGACGCUCUUGAUUUCGUUCUAAACAAACAAGCAUCCGCCCCUCUCUCUGUUCUUAUAAACGAAUCCACAUCAUUUA